AUGCAGUUCAAUCCAAACUUUUACGACCAAGACGAUCCGAUGGCCAUGUACACAUCCAUGCGCCGUGGCGGCGCUCCCAGACGAUUCGACGAAUACUUCAGAUGCUAUCCUAUUGUCAUGUUGCCUGGCCCAGAGCGCGAAGAGGCAAACCACGGCGGCAAAGUGUUCCUUCCUCCUAGUGCUCUCGACAAACUCACCAGGCUGCACAUUACAUAUCCCAUGCUUUUCGAGCUCAUAAACGGAAAAGAAGAUGGCAAGAAGACACACGCAGGUGUUUUGGAAUUCAUCGCAGAAGAAGGCAAGAUCUACCUUCCUCACUGGCUCAUGGAGACACUCAAGCUCGAACCCGGCGAUCUCCUCCAGGUCAAAUCGACCGAUAUACCUCUUGGCACCUUCAUCAAGCUACAACCUCAAGAUUCUUCCUUUCUCGACAUUUCAGACCCCAAAGCCGUCCUCGAAAACGCGUUUCGCAACUUCUCCUGCCUUACCACCGGCGACAUCUUCACAUUCUCGUACAACGACAACGUCUACAGCAUAGCUGUCUUAGAGACAAAGCCAGAGCAUCCGAGCAAGGCUGUAUGCACCAUCGAAACUGAUCUGUCAGUCGACUUUGCACCACCCGUAGGCUACCAAGAGCCGCAGCGAACAAGCGGAACAAGCACUCCACGCAGCGGGAAGGGCGUCAUGGCUGGUAAAGGAGGUACUCUACACUCACACGGCACCAUGGCAGAGGCGAUCAACUAUGCAGCUAUUGCACCAUCAGCAACAACUGCUGCUAGCGGAGCCAAGGCGACAUCAUCCCAUUUCCUCACCGCCGGCCACAAGCUCUUGAAGAAGGGCAGCAAGGCACCCACUCCACAAGCUUCUACACCUGUCGCAGGAAAGUCGACGAACCCACCUCCUACAGUAAGGCGCACAAACGGGCCGCAACCACUGAGGUUACCCCCGAACAAGCUGUUCUUCGGGUACGAGAUCAAGCCACUCAAGGGCAAGGAAGAGGAGGGCGAGCAGAAGGAGUCGAAGCACUUUGAUGGUUCGGGCCAGACGCUGCGAAAGAAGAAGGGAGACAAGUGA